GCAAAAUGUUUGAUUAGUAUAAGUGAAAUAUAAACAAAUUUGUUUUGACACGACUUUUUCUAUUUCUGUGAUUAGUUAAAAAGUUUAUUUAAUGAGAAUUUUUGAGAUUGAUGGAAAAUUGUUGAGAUUGAUCAAGAAGAAGUAAAAAGCAAAAAAUUUUAUUUUUUUUUGGUCAGAAGAAAGAAAAAAUAAUGAAAAGAGUUUGACAACAACUGGUUUCUGAAUUGUUUUCUGGAACAACUAUUUGACUUAAAUAUACAAUCGUCAUAAGAAAAUAAAAGAUAUGAAUACCACGUAUAUAAAUUCUUCAUAUAUAAUUGCAACAACUAGUUCGUCAAAUGUGUCUAUUCCAAGUUAUAUGUGGUGCGAAAUAAAAACAAAUUGGGUUAACGUUCUUUAUACCGUGGGUUUUGUCUUCAUUCUAAUUGGAAGUGUUGUUGGAAAUAUGAUUGUCUUAGUUGUUUUUUGUCUAUCAAAACAACUUCGGUCCCGUUUUACUUUUCACUUUAUUGUUAGCUUAGCGAUAUCCGACAUGCUUCUUGCAUUAACCUGUAUUCCUUACAUUAUUGGUGAAAAGUUAUACGAUUUUCAAUUUUGUUUUAACAAAUCAUUUUGCUUUAUAUAUUUAAUUAGCGAUUCAUUGUUUAAUGUUUCUAGCAUACUUGCGCUUCUUCUCAUCGGAAUAGACAGAUUUAUUGCCAUUGUGAUGCCUUUCCAAUAUGCGAGUUUCUUAAACCGAACAGGAGUAUUAGUAAUGCUUUCAUUAGUUUGGACUUUCUCUUUUGUAUGGGCGAUAGCUGGCGUUUUCGAUUGGGAUAGAAAUUCAGUUACAAGUGUAAACGUAAAUUACUGCUCAAACACAAAUUAUAAGUUCUACGUUGCAUCUUUUUUUGCAUUAUAUAUGGUUCCAUUAAUUAUAAUGACAAUAAUUUAUUUUAUAAUUCUCAAAGUUGCAAUUUUGCAUAUCAAAGCUAUUGAGGCCACUCAAGUUGAUAAUUUACCGAACUAUUUUAGUACAAUAAAUCGCAAUAAUGGUUUGAGCACAAACGGUAAAGAAAAAAGUUCUCAGAAGAGACAACUUAGUAAAGAACUUAAAGCUACUAAGUCAGUUGCGGUAGUCUACUUUGCUUUUGUAAUAUGUUGGUUUCCGAGUUUGGUUAUUAACUUGAUUAUUUUUAUAAAUCCAAACUAUUUUCCGAACCUAAAGAAAACAAAUAAAAACUUAUUUGACUUUAUAUUUUAUACAUUUGUUAAAUUAUUACCUAUGCUAAAUACAGUUAUCAAUCCAAUUAUAUACAACUUUUUUAACAAACCAUUCAAAACAUCGUUUGUUCGACUUUAUAAACGAACAAAAGAACAAGAACAGUUCAACAAAAGUCGACAGUCUCGAACCCAAAGCUUAGAAGGUGGUAUUUCUUUAGACUCAAUUACUAUAAACAGCUUCAUCAACAAUAAUAUUUCUUAUACUUAAGCGAAACAAAACGAUAAAUUACUCAAACUGAUGAGCUAACCUUUUUUUAAAACUCUGUUUAACUUGUAUCGUUUAUUAGAAUUGUUGCUAUAACAAUGGUUGUUAUAAUCUAAUUUUUUUAAUUUUAUAUUAAAAGUUUGUAAAUUAAAGAAAAAUACUUGGAUAAAAGAAGGCUUUUGUUUA